AUGUACUCUCAAAAUUAUGACCCUUCGAGGUCUUAUAAGCCACCAACUUCUUCUUCCUCAACAGCAACAGCAACAGCAACAGCAACAACAACUACACAGUCGCCAUUUCCAUCCUCGUCUCUUCCAGCAUCAAGGAAUAACAACUACAGAGAAUACCCACUAGAUGAAGAGGAUAUGGAUGACUCAUCCUCAUUUACUUUCUACAACCGAUCGACUGACCUUUUGACGGAAACCCAUGGGAGAAUGCAGCAUAACAUCCAAACACACAAUAACCAAGACAAUAAUGAGCAAAACAAUAUUCAACACCAGGAACUGUCGUCGCUGUCUUCGGCUCCACUAUUACAAAAGACACCACCAAGGGACAAAAGCUUUUCAUCAUUACCGCCCUUGCCAAACCAAAAUAGUUUUCAAUACUACCCAUAUGGUCAAAAUCAACGAAACAAUUCAGAUCAAACAGCGCUAAAGAAACAAGAAUCGGCAAAUGCAUAUGAAAUGUCAGUUUUGGAUCAUGACCAAAGUAGAGAACUAUAUAUGGGACAAUACCCACAACAAUACCCACAGCAAUACACAGAUCAAUACACAGAUCAAUACAAAGAGCAGCACACAGAUCAAUACGGUGACCGAUACAGAGACGGAGAUAGAAAUCGAGACCUACCAGACUUGCCCCAUAAUCACGACCCUUUUAUCGACAACGAUAGGUAUGACUCUGUGCCGUUACCAGAACUCCCACCACUGCCCUCAGCCAACCCCUUUUACAGCAGCAACAACAACAACAACAACAACAGCAACAGCAACAAUCCUCGAGAAUCUUUGACAGAUGUUGAGAAACGAAUGAGAAGGAAUGAGAAAAACAGACUUUAUACACUUCGCAGUAAGCCACGAUUCCAUUAUACAAGAUUACCCUACUUUACCAUCUUGGUGACACUAAUUCAAGUUAUCGUCUUUAUCGUUGAACUCGCCAAAAUGUCCAUCUUGACAGGCUCGGCUUUUCAAACUAGCCCCUAUUUCAACCCAAUGUUGGGUCCAUCUACAUAUUUACUCAUAUACAUGGGUGCAAGAUACGUUCCAUGCAUGCAUCAAAUAACUGGAAUCACCGAUGACACAACUAUAAGCUUUCCCUGUGCCAACUCAACUACAGUUGACACAUUUGUAUGUUCACUUAACGACCUAUGUGGGUUAUCGGGCAUUCCAACAUUUGACGAUGGCACAAAAUUUGCUCCCAAUCAGUGGUACCGGAUCUUUAUACCCAUUUUCUUGCAUGCUGGAUUUCUCCACAUUUUUUUCAACUUGUUGCUACAACUUACUAUGGGUGCCUCAAUAGAGCGCAAUAUCGGGAUACUCAAAUAUGCACUUAUCUAUAUCAUGAGUGGAAUUGCGGGUUUUCUCCUCGGGGCCAAUUUUACACCGCAAGGUAUAGCAUCGACUGGUGCUUCAGGUGCAUUGUUUGGCGUUGUUGCCACAAAUAUAAUUUUGUUUAUCUACACUGGAAGGAAAAACACAAACAUGUAUGGUACAAAGCACUACAAGUUGUUUAUAUUUUUUAUGUUUUGCGAAAUAGUCAUUUCCUUUGUAUUGGGCUUACUACCGGGGUUGGACAAUUUUAGUCACUUGGGAGGAUUUGCAAUGGGAAUUCUUUCAGCAAUCCUUUUACUCAAAGACCCAUUUUGGAUAUACAACGAUGGCAUCAUAACGUAUAGGAGAGACCCAACUACUUGGCAACAAUUUGUCAAUAACUGGAAUCCGCUUUUUGCGUAUGAGGACAAGAUCCCAUUGAGAUUUCUCAUUUGGGUUGGAGUAAGGGUUGUGGCAUUGGUAUUGAUCAUUGUAUAUUUUGUUUUGCUCGCAAAGAAUUUUUUUAAUAAUGAUUACGACCUGUCUGAAAACUGCAAAUGGUGUAAAUAUUUCAACUGUAUACCGGUGAAAGGAUGGUGUGAUAUCGGGCAAGUCACAGUAUCAACUACAACACCAACAGCAACUGGAGCAACUGGGGAAACUGGGGAAACCGUGGCAUCCGGAUCCGGGUCUAUAGCUUCAGAGACAACUGUGCCUACUCAAGUCUAUUCUACGGCAAUCUAUACUACAACAGUGCCUACAACCGAGGCAGGGUCCAACAACAGAGCCAAAAUUAAAAGGCAAGCCCAAGCCCAAGCCCAAGCCCAAGCUAAAGCUCAGGCAUUAGAUGCAUUCAAGGCAUUAGACGCAGCGCCAUCAUACAGCAUAGGAGGUAUAAGAACUGCACCGAUCGCAGCUACAACUAUGAAAAGUACAACAAACACUACGCCAACAACAUUAACAGAGUUAAACUUUGUCCAGCAGUCUGCAAUAGGCGUCGGGCUAUAUCUAAUACUUACUGUGUUUAUGAUUUGUUUUCUUAAAAGGAAAAAAGUAUUAUAG